CGCAUUGCUAUAAAUACAGGGCCAUUUCCCAAGCGGCGCACAAUGCGCGAGGUGACUGGCGUGACGCGUGACUGUGACUGUUGACAAACAGAACGGUGACGAUUGUGUAAUACCUCCGUGGAUCUCCCAAGAAGAAGCUGAAGAGAAAUAUGGGAAUUUAAAGAGAUAAAAGUCAUAGAAUAAUAUUGUGAAGAAUAACAUCACUAAUUUAUUUGCAAUAUGUUAAAAUUGGUGAAGGCAUAAGAACGUUAUUAUUACCAAACGAAGGCAAAUUAAGGACACCCCACAAGACAUUCCUCGUUGCGAUUAAAAAGAUUGACAGCAGCAUUAUUAUGGAGGAGUGGUUUCAACCCCACAAUCUGAGCUACUUUCUUAUAAUAACAAUAACAAUAAUAUUAUCAUGUUAUCUAUACUGCUCUUACAAACUAAACUACUGGAAAAGGAGAGGUGUCAUACAACUAAAAAAUACAAGUAGGAUAUUUGGGGAUUUCAAGGAUGGAAUUUUAUUUCGAACUCCACCUGGCUACCAUAUGAGUCAGCUGUACAAAGAGGCGCCCGCCGACGCUCCUUACGUUGGAUUCUACAUUUUCCACAAACCAUGCCUGCUGUUGAAAGAUCCGGAGAUCAUCAAGCAAAUGCUGAUCCGCGAUUUCGAUAACUUCUCCAACCGGCACUUUGCGGGCUCCGUGCAGAAAGACAGCAUCGGCAUGAUCAAUCUUUUCGGCAUUAAGAACCCUGCUUGGAGAUACUUGAGAAGGAUGAUCACCCCGACGCUGUCCCGGGGAAAACUAAAGCAAAUGCUUCCGCUGAUGAUGGAAACCGGUAAACCCAUGAUGGAUCAUUUGGACCACUUGACUGAUUGUAAAAAACCUAAAGUUAUUGAUGCCCAGGACGUUAACUACAAGUAUACAGCUGACCUCAUCGCUAACGUCGCUCUUGGCACCAAGACUAAUUGCUUCAACUUCCCCGAUUCUGAAUACUGCAAAAACAUUAUGGCGUUUUUCCAUUCCUUCAAGCGAAUGGUGGCUUUGGUCACAGUAUUUUUCACGCCGGAACUUGUUGAAAUGAUCGGAUAUUCUAUAUUAUUUGACUCUACGUUCGUGCGAAAAAUGUUUUGGAAUGCUGUGGAGUCACGCGAAAAAAGCAGGGAAAAAAGAGGAGACUAUAUUGACUCAAUCAUUAACUUGAAAAAUGGGAAGCAGGAUUCUCUUUACAAAUUCGACGGUGACAAUCUUUUGUUCCAAUCCGGAACAUUUUUCUCCGGCUUUGAAUCGAGCUCAACCGCAGCAGCAUUUACACUCAUGGAGUUGGCAAAGGAGAAAAAUAUCCAAGACCGAGUUAGAGAGGAUAUCAAACGUGCCAUCGAUAAACAUGGGUGGACCCUGGAGGCGUUUGCUAAAAUGAGAUAUUUGGACCAAUGCAUUUCAGAAGGUAUCAGGCUGCAUCCUUCGGUUUCUACUGUUGAUCGUUGUACUUUUGAAGACUACCAGAUCCCGAACACAGAUGUCGUUAUCGAGAAAGGAACCCCUGUCUACAUUUCACUGUAUGGUCUGCACGGCGAUCCACAAUACUUCGAGGAGCCAGAAAAGUUUAAGCCGGAACGUUUUGACAACGACAGAAUCGUACCUGAUGCGUACAUACCCUUUGGUGCUGGGCCUAGGAAAUGUGUUGGUGUUCAAGUUGGCCAGUUGCACGUGAAAGUGGUGUUAUCCAUGAUUUUGUCCGAGUACGAGGUGUAUCUACCGAAAUCAGCAGAAGUCAAAUUGGACAACCGGUCCACCUUUACAGCAGCUGCUGAAGGAAUCAAUCUGCAAUUCAUUAAACUAUCGUAGACCUUAUGAUAUUGUUAGACCUAUAAUUAUGACCUUAUAUUAGAGCUAACGAUCGGAACGGGUAUAUUUUUCUAUGUUUGUGUUAUUUAUUUAUCAGUCAUAAUAAAGUCAUUAAGAUUUAGAAUAGUCUAUUGUUAAAAACUGUCAAUAAGUUAUUCAAUAAAGAUUUUUUAUAAUUUA